CUGUUCAAUAUGGUUGCUGCUGGCGCUGUGUUAGAUAUCGUUCUCAUCCUAUCGACAGUCUCUUUCAAAGCCAGUAGCCAAAAUGUAGAUUAUUUAUCUUAUAAAGUCACAAUGAUAGAAGAAAAUCUUUUUAAAUUAGAGCAGAAAAGAAGUGCGCUAGAGAAGGAGUUACGAGAGUGUCUGGAGACGUUAUCCGGGUUGGACAGAUCAUCGGUAAAAAUGGACACAAAUGUCGGUACAGACAUCCUCGUGUCCGAAGUUGAAAAUAUUCGGACAAGUCUUGUGGAAGAAAAACUGCAUCGGUUUCAUCUAAGUCAGGCGAUGGCGGCUAUUGGAGACUGGUUUACGCCUGGUGCAGCCAGACAGCAGGUCACAAACACUCGUAACAGGACACUGCGGGUGAUAAAUCAGGUCAGUUUUAGGGAUGAGGUAUCCUGUGUUUGUGGGACGGAUAUGGAGGGAAAAAUAAAAAGCCGAAAGACAUUUACAACAACAACAAUACCAACAGCAAAAAUUCCAACAACGACAGCUGACAGGACAACCACAACAACAACAACAACUGCGUCACCAGUCAUUCACCCAACAGAAAGACACAACCCAGGUAGAGGGGUUAUGUUUAGGGGAACACCACUGAAUGACAAUGGAGAAGAGUUGGCAAAUGACUGUGGAGACUUAUGGGAACAUGGCUAUCGUGAAAAUGGUGUGUAUCGUCUUCAGACAGCAAACAAAGGUUCUGUGCUGGUGUUCUGUAACCUGAAGGAUACCGCGAACAACUGGGGGGUGGGGAGUCAUCGGGAGCGUCAGCUCAGGGGAUGGAUCCUUGUGCAGAGCAGGAAGAGAGGGGUCCAGGACUUCAACAAAACCUGGGAAGAAUACAAAAACGGCUUUGGGGAUUUCUCCUCCGAGUUUUGGCUCGGUAAUGAAUUGCUUUUCCGGUUUUUAAUACGAGUUCUGUCGCUCCGCUCCUGUUUCUUCGCCUUUACACCGAUGAGAAUGAUGAUGGCGGUGACCACGGUGAACAGAGUAGCUACCACAAAUUCUUCAUCAAUAGUGGGCUGAAGAUGUACCCUGAAGAACAAGAUUAUAAGUUGUUCUACUCGAGUUACAUCCACGCACCUGAGAUCAAAUACCAAGGACCGGGUCGUGGGGUAUUCUUGACAUGGGAUAGGCAAGCGAAAUGGCCUGGAUGUCCCUUCGUGAAAUCCGGCUGGUGGUAUCACCGAAGUAGAUGCGAUAAAAUGCGACAGAACCCUAAUUCCAAGUACACGAUGGUGGGGCGGAAACCGGUCCUCGGGUACGAGUAUAACUAUUACAAUACUAGAACCAAGAAACACAAGACCAUCGUUGUAACCGGAAGUGAACUUCUUGUUUAUGCCCGAACUGAUUGACGACUAUUGGAGUUUGAAAUUUUAUGUGUACAUCUAAGUAAAACUGACAAAUAUCGCCAACGUCUGGCAGUUCAACGUUUAGUGCGGGUAUCUUUAUUUGUUCAGUGGGGAAUCUUUUCCCAUUCGGACCACAACUUUGUAUCUUACUGUACAAUUUCCUCCCCUGCUGUACGUGUGAGGGAGUACACGUGAAACUUUCUUGAGUAGGUAUACAUGUAUGCUAGAGCCAGAAGUCCAUUACCUAGAAGUAUGCAACUUCCCAAUAGCUAGUCUCCACGGUACAGUACACAUGUUACGCCAUCUGCAGAAGCUUGCACCGCCUGGUGGAGAAAUAUGCCAACCUCUUUGGUGGAAAUUGCGAAAUGAAUCAUGGGAAAUCUAAUUGUAGCCUAAAUGGCUGCUACAAGAACUGGCCACGCCUUCAAAACGAAACUCCGUAUUUAAAUACUCCGAUCUCGCUGAUCAUUGUUGCUAUGCAGUUAAGAACCCACUGACUAUUUUGAUAUCUCCAAGCAACUAUAAAACAAUUACUAUCAAAGACAUUGUUGUCCUUUUACCAAACUUUCCGUUGUAAUUUUUUAAAGUCCGUUUAAACACAACCGCGUUUGGAACCUAUCAUGCAUCAGCCGUUUCUCAAACGCUUUCUGCAGGAUAAAGAGAAAGAAAAAUGUAUGGCUGCGCAGAUACGUCACAUAAUGUGUCAGAGAUGGAAGAAAAGUGUGAAGUGCCGUGGAGACUAGCUAUAGGGAUGUUGCAUACUUCUAGGUAAUGGAUUUGUGGUCGUACCGUCAUAUAUCGAUGAGUAGCCAUUAGAUGUGAGAACAUAUAUUGCGUCUUCUUAUGGAGUCCAUGCCGCCAAAGUGCUGCCACUACAGGAAGUAUCAUGCCGAAGAUACCAGACAUGAUACCUUUGCCCAGCCACAUUAUGCUGACACAGGGUGAACGAGCCCUGAUUCCUUGCUCUAACCUCUCAUUGCUGAGCGCCAAAGCAGCCCGCAAGAAGUACAAUCAAAAAAUUAAUCCGUUAAUUUUAAUAGAAAGUGUAUGUAUUCUGUUAUUUCAGCACAAUAUUCUGUCAUAUUCAACAUAACAUCCUGUAAAUCCAAUGAACCUUGAUAUUAAAUUCACAGAAUAUGUGUGUUAUAUUUAACAGAAUAAUCUGCUGCAAUAGCAAAAUACAUUCGAACAUCACUCAAAUAAUAAACUUUCUGUUAAAGUUAACAGAUUAAUUUUUUCAGUGUACCAUUUUUAAAGUCUUUGGUUUGAUUGGAACCGAUGAAUAAAAAAUCUGAUAGAGGGUCUUAAAAUAAUAGAAAAAAGAUAUUAUUUUUCAUAAUGCAUUAAACUUUUUGAAGAAAACUUCAUAGCUGCGCAUGUAUAGAGAAGCGCCCUCACUGUAGCGUGAUUGAAUGCAGAGUAAUCUCCCAUGGAUUGCAGGCGCCAACAGUUCGUGAUUUGCUUAAGCUAAAUAGCUUUCAAAAUCAGCUCUGCUGCGAUAGAUAAACUGUUUGUAGAUCUGGUAUUUUAAUUUAACUAUUAAGUCAGAACACACGAGGCGAGAUUUCAAAACUGGUCGUGGACAUGGAAUUUCUCGAUUCUCCUAGUCGCACCGCAUUUGUGGCCUUGGUGACAACAUUUCUUGAGCAGCGCAAAGUUCCUUGAAGACAAUUCGAAGACCAAUGCGAUGUACAUAGUUUUACGCCACGCGUAGAAAACUAGACCGCUUCGGUGGCCUAAAAGCUAGAACGUUCUUCUCGAAGUCGGGACACCCGGGAUCAAACCCGAGUCAGGUCACACCAAAAACUUUAAAAAUCAUUCUUGGAAGUUAGAACAAGGGAACGGGACUGGUAUCAGUAUAAUGUGUCACGUCUGGUGUCUUCAGCACGAUACUUCAGUAGUGGCAGCACUUUGGCAGCAUGGACUCUCCCUGCAGAAAGAAGACAGAGUAUAUGUACACACACCUAAGGACUCCUCGCAGUCUUAUGAUUUAAAAAUUGUUAAGUACAACGUAAAACCACAAGCUUACAUAUAGGUGGGAAACUUUAUCCGUAGCUUACCAGAGGUCAGGGGUUUAUGCCAGGUAUUCCUGUUUACUCCGCCCAUUAAACCGGUCGUCAUUGUGUAAGUGAAAAAUUCUUAAGUAUGACGUUGAAGAAAUAAAUGAACAAAUAAAUAAAUAUAAAAGUAAUGUAGAUGCAACUGAAGUCUUCCCUUCCAAGUUUACUCUACGUUCCGAGGUAAAUGUAACAUUCUUGAUUACGAGGUUAAACACAACAUAAAGUGAUUAUGAACGAACAAAAAAGUUUUUACUGACAACUGAAACAAUAUCACCGGACGAGAUCCUUCUCACGAUAAAAACCUGCGCUAUUUGACCUCAUUAUGCGAUGUAUCUAAUACUGCAAAUUUCGUACACAGCUUUGAUUAUGUUUAUCGCCAACGAAAAUGCAUGGAAAAAUAAAGCCUGGACAAAGUCUGGACAAACAGACAAUGUCUUGACUGCUCAAAA